AUGUCAGAGAUUGAACUCUACCCUUCCGAUGACGACUCCUUCAUCAGCCAGGCUCCAUCUCAGCUCCCUAUCACCGCUACGAGUUCCAAGGCUCAACAGGAUACCGCUCCCGAACCUCCAGCUUCACGGCGCGGCCGCCGGCCUAGCCGAGCCGCCUCUCGUACCCCGAGGCGCCGUGGUUUGCCCUCACCUCCACCAUCAAGACCUCCACCAUCUCCAGCUUCCUCCUACACCUCAGCACAACCCAAUAUUCCGGCAAUCGAGAAAUGGACAGUGCUGGGGCUGAGACAGGCGCUAAUCAGCGCUGACGUUCAUUUUUCUAGGAGGAUGAACAAAUCGCAACUGUACAACUUGUAUGUUUCUCUCCAGGCAGCUUUCCCUUCUCCGAAAUCCACUCCACCUUCAAAAACAGCAAAAAAGGCAAGUAACAAAACAUCAAACUCACGUUUUCAGAAAACUCCUUCUCCCGACGCCGCAGGGCCCAGUUCUACGCGAGCGCCAGGCCACAGCAGGCCUUCAGCUAGCCUGGGCCGCGCCCCAGAUUCCGCCGCUAUUCCUACAGCUAUGGAACCUCCCCUCGUGACCAACAACAUCAGAGCCCAGAUACUCACAGAAAUUCAGGCUGUUGGCACCAGAGGCGGACCCAUGCCCAACCCUAGUACCUCACUAUUCAGAGUUAAUAUUCCCAUAAACCAUCCAUUGAAACCACUUCUAGAUGCCUCUCUUAACUCCAUUCUGCAAGCCGUUUCACCCAAUACCCUCCAAUCCUACCUAACUGCAUGGAAGUGUUUUAAGUCUUUCCACUUCACAUUCAACCAGCCUUUUCCCAGUUUUUCUCUGCUCAACAUCACUUCAUUUAUAUCCUAUCUGGACAGCACCAAGAACCUCAAAGCCUGCUCCAUCAAGGGGUAUCUAAGCCGAAUCCAAUUCUUCCACAAACUCCUUUUUGGUUCACCCUCCGCAGACAUAGCAAAUUCCCAGACAUCAAUGCUUAUCAAAGGCAUCCAAAAAACCCAACCAACCCGUCCAGAUGCCAGACAACCAAUAACCUUGGACAUACUCACCAAAUGUAUCUCUACCCUCCGCCGAGGCUACCACUCCACCAACACCGCCCGCACACUGGAUGACAUGUUCAUAUUGGCUUUCUUCGGUUUCCUCAGAUGCUCAGAACUCACCAUCACUUCCAACUUCAACCCUAAAGUCCAUCCCACAAUCUCAGAUCUUUCAGUAUUAGACAACGAAACAAUUUCUUACUUCAUCAAACAAAGCAAGACAGACCAAAUGAAAAAAGGCCACUUCAUAUACAUCUUCAAUCUCCAAUCACCAAUCCAACCAUACCAAACUCUCUUCGCGUACUCACAAUUCAGAAACUCUCAGACCAAGUCCCCUUCCGACCCACUCUUCACCGACAAUUUCAAUCGCCCCGUUACACGUUUCUGGUUCCAAAAACAUCUCAAAUCCAUCUUACUCCAAGCAAACAUCCCAGCAAAUAAUUUUUCCAGCCAUUCAUUCCGCAUAGGUGCAGCAACCACAGCUGCCCAAAAAGGCCUUUCCCAGCAGCAAAUCCAAGAGCUCGGCCGCUGGUCGUCGGAGGCCUUUAAGAGUUACAUCCGUUCUAACCACCUCCAUACCAAAGAAGCCCAACGAUCCCUACUCAGCUAA